AUGAUUCCCAAACUCUUGGUCAGCUUGUACCCAGUUUCUACUAGCGUCCCGCGGCUGGUGGCUGGUGAAUUUUAUAACCUUGAGGGAAGCGUCAGAGUCGUCGAUCAAUAUGGAAACCAAGAGUUCGAGUAUGUUUCUGAAGGUCUCAGGUGGAAACGCUUCACUCGUGCAACUUCGAAGUUGGAACCACUUAAGAUUAAUGGAACGGGGACAAUCAGACGCAUUAAUCACGUGAAAACAGUGAAUGAUACAUGGAUUCGACUUGAACUCAUAGUGGGGCACCGUGGACUUGCACUCCCGGAUGGCGAAUUUUAUGUCAAGUACGUCAUCGACCCAUUGUUGGUGAGGCUCAGCGACGCAGUCCGUUUAGAGCCGGGUAUAAAAGUUGAUCUUGAAGGAGAGUUGGCAGACUUUUCAGCAAGUUUGGGUCUUCUCGUCGUUAAGACCAUGGACGGACUGAACUUGCCAGUACUCAUUUCUGAUGAUGAAGAGUGA